AUGGCACCACUGCCUCAGGGAGUGAAGAAAGCAGAGUGUCAUUACAAAAACCGGUCUUUUAUGGUAAGUCGCAUAUACUAGUUUCAUUUUUCACAACUCCAUAAAUCAAAUUACAGUCAACUCUCUCGUCACUGACCAUCCGGCUUGGUGUACAACAGAGUGGUCGCUUACUCGAGGUGGUCUUUUUCGGGAAAAAUCAAGAAAAUAACCUCAAACUGAACUGAUUAACAUAGUCACAUAAAGUUAAUACCUAAAAAGCUCAAACUUAGGCAAAUUAAACUGCUGGCAAUAACCUUGUACAUCGAAUAGCGCUUGGAGCUGUUGAAACUUUGUACAUAACGUUUUGCAGCAAUAUUACAAUCCACUCUUUUACAUUACAGCCAUUUUUCGUAAGUGAGUUGUUAUAAUAUGUCAGCACGCUUUCUCACCGCUAUCAAAAAUGAACUUUUGUGACUUUUUCUUUCUCCUUCUAAACUGGUGCGGUCCCCAAGAAAUCAACUCCUGGAAAAUUCGCCUACGUUUGACAUUUACAGCGAAUUAGAACAAACGCGCAAAGUUUGAAGAAACGCGAAUUCAAUUUAAAAAAAGUGACGUUUUUGCUGCCGUCGCCGUCGUAUAUAUAGUACGGCGGGACAAUAGCCGUCGUGUACGAACACACGAAAAGAACUCUGGCGAUGCUGUUCGCCGAUUGGGCACAAUAAUACAAAGCAUUUUUUGUGCCCAAUCAGGAGCCAGCAUUUGCUUGACCGUUUGGAAAUGGUCCGGUGACAAUUGGUACCCAGGGGCUUUUCCGCUCGUGCUUGAAUACUUUCGUCGCACCUUUUCUCCUGACCUGACCGACUGCCCCUGGGUCUCCGAGGAUGAUCACAUAGCUAUGCGGGAUGAAAAUUUAAGGCAAUAUGAAAUCCAUUCACCAAAGCGAGUUUAAGCAGCGACACUUUUGGGCGACGCACAUCGACCUGACGUGCAUUUUUGCACUUUUCAGCCGUGAUUUUCAAUAAAUGUUUGGUCAAAUCGUCUCUAUAAGAGAAAAAAAAAUCUUCAGAGCAUUAAAAAUUGGUAGGGUCAAGGCAAGUUAAAGAGAAAAAGGCUCACUUCCGGUUGACUAGCGUCGCUCAAAAACGUCGCUCCUUAAACUCCCUAAUAAAUCCUAACGAACACGUGUUUUCAGAAUGAAGUGGUAAUGAACUCUACUGGCAAAGAGUGGACUGAUCUCCAAAUUCAAUGUAAGUCUCCAUAGAAGUACCCAGCAUGACAUCAGGUGAGGCUAAUGUGAUUUGCAAAAAUUGUAAAAAGGCGUCGCUGGCAAAAUAUUAUGUUACCAGCACCAGUGAAGAACAUCAGGUGUUGUAAACUGGAAAUAACCAAAGAUUAGGGAAUGCAAGCGAGAUUGAUCAAAGGCCAAAACGCUUUAGCCCUAAAGUUUAUACUUUCCUUUCAUGUGAAAGAAGGUUAAAAUGCGCGUGAACAGAUUUCAAGUGUGAGAAGGUCCAAACGGGCAUGAUCAGAAAGCUUCUAUAGCAUCCAUUCAUUCUUUAUAGUGGCAAUAAAAGAAGAGGGCCAACAUACGUGGCGCGCAUGGGUAAUAGGAACCUGAAAAUUUGGAUUGCGGACUCCUCUGGUGGCACACCUAAGAAAGAGUGGGCCUAUUCCGAUUGUGCUAGGUAAUUGCGGAAAGUUGCUCAAAGAGAUACCAAAAAUAAUUCCCAGUCAAACAAGCUAAAACAUGCUUACCUCCAUCGAUGUUAAGUUCAUCUUCGAUACUGCAAGUUAAUCGGCCAGUUUAGAAGCUUAAGGGUUGUUCAGCUCCUCAAAUAUUCUCCAAAUAGCAAAUGUCGCCCUUCGAGUUAUCUUCACGCUGUUCUUGCUUUUUUUUAGCCAAUAGUUCGCCUAAUUCUUCCUGGCGAAACGAGUGAAAUGUCCGCCAUUUUUGUUCUCACCAUCAAAACUACCUGACCACGUCCCCAGAUCAUCUCGGUUAACGGUUCAAUAAUCCGCAAAUUUGCUGCACUCUCAGCAACGUCUGAUUCGACCGACCGUUAAUGCCGUGCAGUGACGUCACUACCCCAAAACUGGGUAGUGAUUUUGAACGGUAGAUUGUCUAAACAUUCGCAAAAUUAUGUAAAAUUAUGAGAAAUUUUAGCGACAUUGUCGCUUGAUAUAAGGUGUAUAUAAGGUGUAUAUUAGGUGUAGAUGUAUAUAAGGUGUAUAGAGGUGCAUAUCACGUGUGUAUAAGUGUAUAUAGAGAGUAAAUAAGGUGUAUAGAGGUGUAUAUAAGUCGAUAUAAGGUUUGUAUAGAGUGUAUGUAAAAGUAUAUAGAUGUAUACGGGUGUAUAUAGAGUGUAUAUGUCGAUGACGUGGGCAUGACAUUAUAAACAUUUUAGGCCUAAUUAUCGCUCUUAACAGUUUAUUACAUUAAGACUGUUACAUUAAGGGCAAAAUGUUAUUACAUCUACGACUUUAUUACAUUUAGGGUCGUUUUACGUUUAGGCCUUCUAAAACAAUAUUUUGCAAAGAAAAAAAAAUCCCUGCCAAAAGUUUGGCAGAUCCUGAUACCAGAAAGAGAAAUUACAAAUUUUGUUCGUUACGUGAAUAUUGAAAUUGCAUUGAUCAAAGUUGCUUUUUAGCUUCAUGGGCGUUCAAACUCAGUGAGGGAACGUGCUUGAGGUCAUUAUUUUUUCCUUUCUCUUCAGCGCCAGCGUUAUUAAAGAGUAUGGUGUUUACUGGGAUGAAAUUGGUGUGACUUUGAACUGUAAGUCUUCAGUUUUCUCUGCAUCUCUGCAUAGAAGGAGAAAUAGUACUUUUCCAGGCGGGCACAUUGUCCUUUUCGGCUUUUUAGCCUUCUUUCGAGUAGAAAAUGGCGGUUAAAUUCGCACUUGUCAACUGCAGUAAAUUGGCAGGACUUAGGGCGACGUCGAGGUUGAGCUGGGAGGACUUCUGAACAUUGCUUCAAAUAUCUUGGCCAUUUUCUCUGCAUUAAGGUUUCGAAGGGAAUAUUAUGUUCCCCUUAGCUAGCAGAACACUGUCAGGUGGAUUUGUCAAAACAUGUUGAAGGCGCCUUGCAAGCUUGUUGAAAGUUUUAUUCGAUAUCCUUUUGCCUGUUGGCGGAUGAAUGUUAGAGGAAUGUUUAAACGGGCCUCGAAAUACAGGCUAAACGUACUAUCAAACAAGUUUUUUUUAGGUAUGAUAAUAUUUGUUAUUAAUAAUAACUCUUGAUUACUGCAGUCUGGUGCCCUAAGACUGGUUGCCGUCCUGAAAUCUGCCCUCAUGGUUUUGUAACAACCAAAUUUGGAUGCAUAACAUGUGAAUGCGCAGGUCAGUAUAGCUGCUUCUCCAACAGGGUUCCGUUUGGUGUUUGUUUCUGUUCUGCCAUGAGCUACGUAAGGACCGCUAUCAUUCACUCUAUCCAGCAUUUCCCCUCGAGGUCUUCCAGGUGGUCUCCCUCCUUAUAUUCCGUUGGGAAUUACAAUAAAAUAGA